GCCCGCCCCUGGGGCCUGGCCCGGCCGGGCGGCGCCGCAACGCGGCGGGGCUGCUGAAUGCCGGAAAAACCUUCCGCGGCAGCCGCGGUGUGGCGGCAGGGCACGGAUUGUCCCCCCUGCAUUUGCCACUGGACAGGCCACACCCUUGCUCCCCUCCGGUAGCGAGAAUGUUCUGCUUGCCUCAAUAUUGUUUGUAGGUUAAAUGUGUAAAUUGUUUUGCGGAGGCAAUACAGCAGAAGAGGGAACAAAAAUACAAGAAAAAAAUCUGACCGUUUUUGCUUUUUCCUGGCACCAGAUCACCUUAAUUUGCUGUCUGUGCACAGAGGAUUCCUGUGUUGAAAUGGUCCUGGAAAUAGUACCAUGAAGAUUUGCCUGAAAAGGAGCUUAUGACCACUAUCCAUACUUAUUUAAUUGCAGUAGAUGCAUUUGAAUUUUAAAGACAGGCUCUUCAGAAUCCUGAAAUACUCUGAGGUCUGCAAGAGUCAGAACGUUGGAGCAAGAUGGGAAGGAGCUUGGAUCACCAGAGCAUAUGCCACUAAACUGGCCAAGCUCUGUUCCAGGAUCUGCUCUGUUCCCAGUUUCAACUUCUGAAGCCAGAGGAGCAUUUAAGUGGAAGGUUUUUUUUCUUUUCCCCCAAUUCUUCUGAGACAUAAGAGACACUUGAGCCUGAAAAUAGUUUAUAUAUACGUGUUUAUAUACAUGCACUUGCAUUUUCUGGAGCUGCAGGCACAAACCCAAGUGGUUCCUAUAAUAACAGACAGUAAACUUCCCCUGAAGCAUCUUUCAGGCUUGGACAACCUGUGCAGGUUUGACAGCAAUGGCACCAGUGGUGCCCUGCAGUCCAGGGAGAAGGAUGCAUUGGGAGUGAAGGAUUGGGCAUGAGCAGUGCAGGAGUGCCCUCCUUCUGCAGCAGUUAUGUUACACCGAUUCUGGCAGCUCUGUGGGAAGUGGUGCCGUUGGUCCAGCCCUUUCAUCCAUCUCCUCAUCCUGACUGUGGUGACUUUUGGUGUGCUGGCACCUUUGGUCUGCCACCGGCUCCUCCACUCUUACUUCUACUUGCGGCGCUGGCACCUGAACCGCAUGAGCCAGGAGUUCCUGGAGCAGAACCAGCAGGAGGGCCAGGAUGCCCUCCAUUACUUUGAGAAGAUGCAGAUGCCAAAUGCCUCCGAGGCCUCUAGCAGUGAUGCCUUCCAGCCCUUGCUGCUGAUCACCAUUAUCACUGUGCAGAGGCGGAAUGAUUUCCACUAUGUCUUGCAAGUGGCCUCCCACUUCCACCGCCUCCUCCAGAAAUGUGGGGCGCGUUGCCAGAGGCACCGCAUGCUCCUCUGUAAUGUGGAGUCAGACCCCAGCAACCAUCAGGACAUCAGGCUGAUGAGCAGCCUCUUUCCUGUGGUCAGUCGUGACAGAACUGGAGAGAAUCCUGACCCCAGCCUGAACCAGUUCGAGAAGGAGAAGCAGGACUAUGUCUUCUGCCUUGAGCAGUCACUAUUGAUGUACAGCCCAGAGUACAUCCUCCUCGUGGAAGAUGACGCCGUGCCAGAGGAGGAGAUAUUUUCUGUCUUGCAGCACCUCUUCUCGGCCCGGUUCUCCAAGCCUUACCUCAGAGACGCUCUCUACUUCAAGCUGUACCAUCCUGAGAGGCUCCAGCGCUACUUCAACCCCGAGCCCAUGAGGAUCCUGGAGUGGCUGGGGCUGGGCAUGUUCCUGGGGCCGGUGCUGGCCGGUGCGUACUGCCGGGCCGUGGGGCGGGCGGGCCCCGGCUGGUGCCUGGUGGCGUUCUUCGCCCUGUACAGCAUGGCCCUGGCAGAGCUGGUGGGGCGGCACUACGGGCUGGAGCUGCGCCGCCUGCACCCUGCGCUCUACAACGUGGUGCCGGCCAGCGAGUGCUGCACCCCUGCCAUGCUGUUCCCCGCCACCUCCGCCCGCCGGGCCUCGGGAUACCUGCGGGGGCUGCGCUGCCGCCAGGGCUUCGCCAAGGACACCGCCCUCUACUCGCUGCUGCGCGGCAAGGGCGAGAACGCCUUCGUGCUGGAGCCCAACCUGGUGCGGCAUGUGGGCAUGUACUCCAGCCUCCGACUGAAGAGCAACCCGAAACUGCUGUAAGCUGCUUCUGCCUUGCCGUGCAAAAAACACCCAGGGCACUUGUCGCAGGGCAGAGGGGCAGUGUGCAAACUCAGAUUCUGUGCUGCUUGCACUGUGCAUCCUGUGUCCCCAUGUGGAUAAAGAAUAAUUCUCUCUAAAAGUACAAGUUUUCUUAUAAUCAGCUUAUGUACAUAGAGACCCUAUCUAAUAUGAACUUGGAGCUAAUCACCAUGCACCGCCUGGGAGGGGAGUGGAGGAUUCCAGUUCACUCUCCUUAGCAAUUCCCAAAGAAAAGCUCUCACACCAACAUGCACAGCUUUCCUGCCUACUCUCCUGAACAGUCGUUAUAAAAAUCCUUGCCUUAGGGCAGCAGAAAUGCUGGACAAAGUGAAUGUUUCAAAUUCAAGCUAAUGAGGAGGGGAAGACCUUAUUUCCUCCUCCUUACUAAAGUCUGAUCUCUGACCUGUCUCUAUUCCAAAGCUGUGGUUUUGAGCAGACCCUUCAAAAGCAGAAGUGGUUUGCAGGAACUUUCUCACAAAUUCUGCCUAAGUACUUCAAAUUUAUCAAGUCUCUUUAGUGUCUCCCUAUCUGCACCUCUACCAUUCCCACUUCUUUUGCUUCAACCAGAGUCUUAAAAACAAAACCUCUGCUGCUUCAUUAAAGGUCACCUCUGAGAGUAGGGAUAGGAAAACAGAAUCACAGCCACUGGUGUUGCACAGAUGGGUCACAAAUGCACAUUUUCAUUGAUACAUGAGAUACAUUGUACACAAUGAUUGCUGUAUUGGUUGGAAUCAUCACUCAUUGUACUGGAUGCACUAAAAGAGGUUUUAUCAGCCACUGAGUGAACUUAGACAUUCAACAUGAAUUUACCUUGACUUUCCCUCAGCACAGAGGAAAAGAUUAGAUCAGGUGCUGUUGUGCAGGAUCCUUGUUCAUUUUGGACCUGUAAUUCACAGCUCAGCUGGAGUGGUUCGUUCACUGCUUCUGGCAGAAAGCAAAAUACCUGUGGGAAACAAAGAUGUCUGUUCAUAAGAAAAAGCAACAAUAGCACAGCACAUCAAGAGGCCGCUCUGACAGUGACAAUGUGUCCUGGUUGUUAGGCAUCUGGGAUAGGUACUUUGCACCACGGCUGUGGGCACAGUUAAAUAUAAAACCUUGCACAUAACAAGAGACUUCACACUGAAUGAAAACAGGCAAAAAUUGGAUAUAUCUUAUGAAAAGCCCACUUUGGCUUUACUGAGCUUUGAAUCAAAUUCACUUAGAGGUGGCAUUUGUUUGAACUGUUUUUAAAACCAUAUUCCUUGCUUUGGAAUGAAUCAAGUAAAUAUUUUUCGUUGAGUUUAAUCAGUGGGAGUUGUUUGGGUUUUUCUUUUUGGUAAUGGAAGGGCUCUGCUUUGAAUUUUCUUCUCCCAGCUCUCUCCCAGGUGACUUAUGCCUUAAGCUCUUAACAAGUCUGAUUAUAGGUGAGAAAUACCUAAAACUCCUAAGAGAUGAAACCAAAGAACAUGGCAACCCUCCCUCUGUCAGUGCAGUGGGUAUCAGUUACACACCACAAAGGCACAGUGCAGGUUAGCUGAGAAACAGCAUCACAGCAGUGCUUUGCUCUCCAGUAAUCAGCUGGAUACUUUUAGAACAUCUUUGGAAAUUAGAGUGAGUAAAAACUGCAUGUGAGUUCUGUACCAUUCCAAAGGCAAGGCAAUCCUUCCUGGCAGAGGACACCGGAAAAAUGGCACAGGCAAAACCACAUUGUAUUCCCAGCUGCUGAAAGCCCUGGAGAUGCCAUGUGGCAGGUGGGCAGACCUCUCCUCUGGCUUCACUGCAGUGGGGUUUGGGUGUCAGGAUUUGAGUGUCACUGUAUAUUUAUUCCACAAAGUGCCUGCGCAUACACCUAGUUUCUGUUUCUUCAGCUGUGAAUAUUUCAGUGCAGUGGGCUUGCUCUUCUCUCUUUUAUAUCUUUGUACUGUACAAAUCCAGGACAAUUCCCUGUUCUUUUCAUGAUGUUCUAUUCAUAUUCAUUCUUGCAAAGAAAAUCUCUCAGCCAUGUACAAUAAAUGGGACAGGGAAUGGAAAAAGGAAGAGGGGAAAAGAAAGAAAGAAACCUUAGAAAAGACACAAAUUAACUACAUCCAGUUAAUAAAUGUUUUGAUGUGGAAAAUGAUUUAUCCAUUUGUCUCAAAGUUAUUCUCCUGUUUGUCCAGUAGUACUUUAUUUGUCAUACCAAAAGUCCAGGGGAGGUCAGUAAUUUCACUGAGCCUCUUAGCUGGAAAUUAAGAACAUGAAUCUGAGGCACCUUUUCUAAACUAGAACACAAUUUUCAUGGCAUGAGAGAUCAGAGAAUUUGAUUGUGAGACCAAACAAUGUGCAGAGGGCCCAUUUGAACCAGUGUGAGAGUUUCAGAUAAACCAGCUGAGAACAAACUCCUUUGUGCAAGAAGCAGGUUAAUAAAUUCUUUAUGUCCUUCUGCGACAAUUUUCUUAAGUGCACAUCUUGCCUUCACAACAGAGGUGCUGCUUUGUUGAGCCUGCAGGGAGCUGUUCUGAGUUACUCAGUACUUGCACAGUGCCCAUCCUGCCAAUGGGACAUCCCAGGAAAGGAUCCUGCUUCUGCCUUCCAGUCUUCCAGAAACAGAUUGAGCCUUGUUUCUGUGCUGCAUAUUUUACUAGAAAUUAGAAGUCAGAGAAGUGCAAAUCACCCCUCAGAAGAGAAAAUGGGAGGCUAUGUGAAUUCUUAAUUCCUGUUGGAUUUUGUUCUGCAGUUCAGGCUAAAAACGCAGUUCCAAACACCCAAAAGCUUUAUCCCUCUCUUUUCUCUCUGGAGCUGAGUUGCCCCAUCUCAGACUACAGAAGUUCAAAGCAUGGUAUUAGCUCUCUGAAAUGUGGCCUUAAGAGCUUGGUUUCUUUGACUUUAAAACAAACUUAGUGACUGUUUUUGAAACAAACAGUAUGCAUUUGGUUGGGUGUUGGUGUGUUCCAAAUAGUUUGAAGACUAUUCUUCAAUGCAGCAGCUGCUGAUUGCAGAAGAGGAGUCUUUCUCGAUGGGCCAUCAGCAGGACCCAAGGUUUUAUUGUUCAAGACAGUUCAGGUGGAGUUAUUGACUUAAAUAAAAACUACAUUUGUUUCCAAAGCAUGUCCAAUAUAAGCAUGAUGACAACAGAAUAUGGGAUAAACUGACACAUCUCUACUAGAUUAGAAGCCCAAGAGGAUUUUCUAACUACAGUAGGCAUCAAAGUCUUAGAGAGAGAAUGCUCCAUUUGAAGAGAGAAGAGAAGAGAAGAGAAGAGAAGAGAAGAGAAGAGAAGAGAAGAGAAGAGAAGAGAAGAGAAGAGAAGAGAAGAGAAGAGAAGAGAAGAGAAGAGAAGAGAAGAGAAGAGAAGAGAAGAGAAGAGAAGAGAAGAGAAGAGAAGAGAAGAGAAGAGAAGAGAAGAGAAGAGAAGAGAAGAGAAGAGCCUUCCUUCCUGUGGUGAGGGGCUGUGAAUCACCAGAUUGGGUAUUUCAGCAGCAAUUUGUCUGGAUAAAGGCUUACAGGCUGAAUUGUUUUGGUGGUUUUUUGGUUUUUGUUGGUUUUGAGGUUUUUUUGGUUGUUUUGUUUUUGAUUUGUUGUUUGUUUUUGUUUGGGUUUGUUUGUUUUUGGUUUUAAUAAAUUUAUUUAACAAGCAACAUUCCUACAAAAUAAAUAAUCUUUCUAUAAAAACU